CAGCGAUAUGCCUUGGAGAGAAUAGGGACAGGGGGAGGGAUGGAAGUAGGAGGUGAAGUCACUGAGAUAACUUGGAAGGCAGAGGAGCAGGAGGGUGGCAGGAGGGAGGGGGAGGCUGUGAUUUUACUAAAACCAGGCGAAGGAAGGAGCGAUGUCCCAUUCCUGUGUAGGCGCAGUCAUGACACCGGCCCUUGUGUGCGUGGCUCUGUGCCUGUCUUUGCUCACGGUCCCUGGCCCCCUCCACGCUGCUCCUGCCAUACCCGACCCUGCCGCUGCUAAUCUGCUGUGGGCAUGGCAGCAGGGGCCUUCAGCCACUGACGACGGUGCUCUUCAGGCAGGCGGGGUCAGCGGGGCGGCGGCGGCCAGGGAGGCGCCGGGCGAGGACUACACCGUCAGCAUGAGUUACGGCUUCCCGCUCUACACCUUCUACAUUCCCUUCAAGGGGACGCAGUGACCCCCUGCUCUGCUCAACACGCCGAGAAGCCACACACGAGGGCGCUGGCAUGCUAUGUAGUGACAGCACAGAAUAAAAGUGUUCUUCAUCCAUUGA